AAGCAAUGGUGCAAAUGUGCCUUUAUUCUUUCCUCUACUCUGUCACACUAGUCCCUUGUGUCAAAUUCUCUACCCCUACAUGCUACAUCAUUCUUUCUCCAACUUUUCACUAUCUUGUUCCAAUUUCUUCACAACACAAUGGCUACCGUUGUCAAUUUCUCCGGCAAAACCACGAGUCGGAGAAUUUGCCUCAAACCAAUGGCAGGACCAGGACCAGGACCAGCCAUUGGUUCCUUGGCUAUCAAAAGAGCAUGCCAAUUGCCCCUCAGCAGAACAAAUACUCUGCAACAUUGCAUCUAUAUGACAAGGAAGGCACAAGAUAGACUAUUGAAUGAGCACAGGGUGUCUCCUGCAUUAGCAGCAACGAGAAACUCAGACAUUUUUCCGGGAUCUCCUUCUCCUUCUCCUUCUCCAUCGGACACAAUCAAGCAAUUCUACAGAUGCAUGAAUGAGAAAAACUUAAAGCAACUACGUGAUCACAUCUCAGAAGACUGCUACAUUGAAGAGUGCUCUUUCCACACACCAUUACACGGCAAAAAGGAGGUUAUGAGCUUUUUUGAGCAGCUAACUGCAGGCAUGGGCCAAAAUGUUGAGUUCAUUUUACGACACGUAUGCGAAGGAGAUGAACUAACAGCAGCAGCAAACUGGCAUAUGGAAUGGAAAAACAAACAGAUCCCCUUCACCAGAGGCUGUAGCUUCUUCGAAUGCUCCAAAGAAGGAGAUAAAAUAAUAAUCAAGAAAGCACAGAUAGUUAUUGAAUCACCAAUCAAACCAGGAACACUAGUGCUGAGUAUGUUAAAGACGGUGACUUCACUAUUUGAUGGUUUCCCAAAACUUGCUGAAUGUACGUUAGCUUUCACCAUAUGUUUCAAAACCUCAGCAUAUCGUACAUGUCACAUAUAUUACAUAACAUAAGAUAUCUCUGAUGCAGGGUUCCUAAAAAGUCCUCAUAUUGUUUUGCGAUGGUUAUGGAAGAUAUACGCAUUACUUAUCGCACCACUUCUAGAAAGCUACUUAAGGCUUUGGAACCUUGCAGCGCGUAUACUUGGCCAUGCAUACUACAUUUUGCUUUACAUUGCAAAGUUUUUCUUCAACGAGGAAUAACAUUAGAAGGACAACUAAAUCACCUGU